UUUUGAUCAAACAGAUAACGUCUACUGUGCUGGCGAGUACUAUUGCCAAAAUCAAAUCCAUGGCAGCCAAGGGGAAAAUGAGUGCAGCCAAAGCCAGGCUCAUCAUUUUAACACUGAUGAAAAGCAAGAAGACAGUUUUACUCGGUUCUAUCUCCAACAAGAUUCAUGGACUCCUUGGCGACAAGGAGAGCAACCAAGAGCAAGACGACCAAAGCAAAGCCAUUGUUCCAUAUUCCUACGACUUCACAUCCAAUUAUGGUGAUGAUGAUGAUGAUGAGGGUAAGUACCCUGACCUGACGCACUGUUUGUUCGACGAGGAAUUGGAGUUGGAGGCGGCGACACAAGGCGGAUCCAUCGUCGAGAUGGUGAGGAACUCCAAAGAGGAAGGAGAGGAUUUCCGUUUGGAAGACGAGAUCGAUCACGUUGCAGACUUAUUCAUCACCAGGUUCUACAAACAAAUGCGCCUGCAAAAGCUCUUGUCUUUCAAGAGGCAUCAAGAGAUGAUGGAGAGAAGCGUUUAG